UUUUUGACCUUUACACACACUCUCUCUCUUCCUUUGCCCAACCUCCUCUUGAAAAUAUCAGAUCACAUCUCUCUGCCGAUAUCUCAUCCCUCACUUUCUGCCGGCGACCACGGCGGCGGCGGCGCAACCAAGAUCCGGCACACCUACGUUCGACCCGAUCACCACCACUCCGAGCAUAGACCCACACCCUUCCCGCCAUUGAGUUAAGACGGAUGUUGUAGGUGCAAACAUUUCGUUGGUUACGACUCUAGACUUCUCCUAUGGAAACACGCUUUGAGGGUGGAUGGCCACUCUACGUCUACUUCGCGAUGAUGUUGCCUGAAAUUUGGUAGUUGAUGACUUGAGAGAAAGAUAAUUGAUUUGAUAGAAUUGAUUUGAUACAAUGCAAGUUCCUUUUCCGCAUGAUCUCCAUCAGAUUGAUGGAAACAUGUUAGAGGGCAAGCCGCCGGAAAAUGGCUCUGUUGAACAAGAUGAGGAUCACGACGACUCGCUAUCUGGAAAGACUAGCAUUGAUAAAGGGAAACCCCCAUCACUGACCUGGCAACGAAAACUAAACAGCGAAGGAAUCUCGCUUUCGCAGUUCAGGUUGCGUCUGAAAGAGAUAAUUCAUCUGGCUCCAGUAGGGUUCAGGCUAAUUCGCCAUAUCCGAGAAGAAUCUGGGAAAGGAAGGGGUGCAAUGAUAAAUCCCUUUGCCAAACGCCGUAUAACUGAUACUCAUGGCAUUCCUCUAGGUGGUAUUGGAUCAGGAAGCAUUGGAAGAAGUUACAGAGGUCAAUUUCAACGCUGGCAACUAUUCCCUAGAAUAUGUGAAGAUAAGCCAAUUUUAGCAAAUCAGUUUUCUGUUUUUGUUUCACGUCCAAAUGCGCAGCAAUAUUCUACUGUACUAUGUGCACAGAGCCCUCAAACACAGAGGGAAGUUGAAUUAUCAGGUAUUGGGUCCUGGGACUGGAAUUUGAAGGGUCGAAGAUCGACAUAUCAUGCUCUGUAUCCAAGGUCUUGGACAGUAUACGACGGUGAACCAGAUCCAGAACUUAGAAUAGUUUGCCGUCAAAUUUCACCGGUUAUUCCCCAUAAUUACAAGGAGAGCAGCUACCCUGUCUCUGUUUUUACUUUCACGUUGCACAAUUGUGGAAAAACUGCUGCUGACGUCACUUUGCUUUUCACCUGGGCAAAUUCGGUUGGAGGGCUUUCUGAAUAUUCUGGAAACCAUAUCAAUUCAAGAACGAAGAAGAAGGAUGGCGUGCAUGCUGUGCUCCUGCAUCACAAGACGACAAGUGGAUUUCCUCCGGUGACUUAUGCUAUUGCAGCACAGGAGGGUAAUGGAGUUCAUGUCUCAAAUUGCCCUUGCUUUGUAACAUCCGGUAACUUCCAGGGCAUAUCGGCCAAAGAUAUGUGGCUUGAGAUCAAAGAGCAUGGAUCCUUUGAUCGCCUUAACUUUGCUGAUAUGUCAAUGCCCUCUGAAGUGGGUUCAUCCAUCGGUGCGGCCGUUGCUGCUUCAGUUACGGUUCCAUCUGAUGCAGUUCGUACUGUAACAUUUUCAUUGUCAUGGGACUGCCCUGAAGUCAACUUUUGUACAGGAAAAACUUAUCACAGGCGUUACACCAAAUUCUAUGGUAACCUUGGAGAUGCUGCUGCCAAUAUUGCACGCGAUGCAAUACUAGAACAUGGAAACUGGGAGUCGCAAAUUGAUGCUUGGCAAAGACCUGUGCUUGAAGACGAGAGGUUUCCUCAAUGGUAUCCCGUUACUCUCUUUAAUGAGCUUUAUUAUCUAAAUGCAGGGGGGACAAUUUGGACAGAUGGGUCACUUCCAAUUCAGAGUUUAGUAAGCUUUGGAGAAAGAGGAUUUUGCCUUGAUCAAUCCAGAUUUGGUGUUCAGAGCAUAAAUGAUAAAUCCCAUGAAAAUGAUACUGCUAACCAUAUUCUUGGGAGGAUGACUUCAACACUUGAUGGAUUACGCACUUCAGUUGCAUCAAAUUCUGCAUUUGGAGUGAAUCUUCUUCAAAAGGGAGAGGAGAAUGUUGGCCAAUUCCUCUAUCUUGAAGGGAUUGAAUACACCAUGUGGAAUACUUAUGACGUUCAUUUUUAUUCCUCUUUUGCGAUAAUAAUGCUAUUUCCAAAACUUGAACUCAGCAUUCAACGAGAUUUUGCAGCGGCAGUAAUGAUGCAUGAUCCCAGCAAGAUGCAACUUCUUGAUAGUGGGAAAUGGGAAGCAAGAAAUGUUCUUGGAGCCGUUCCUCAUGAUAUCGGAGUUAAUGACCCGUGGUUUGAAGUGAAUGGAUAUAACCUUUAUAAUACGGACAGGUGGAAGGACUUGAAUCCGAAAUUUGUCCUCCAAAUUUACAGGGAUGUUGUAGCCACAGGGGAUAUGAAAUUUGCAAAGGCUGUUUGGCCCUCUGUUUAUCUUGCCAUAGCUUAUAUGGACCAAUUUGAUAGGGAUGGUGAUGGGAUGAUUGAAAAUGAUGGCUUCCCUGAUCAGACUUAUGAUACAUGGUCCGUGACGGGUGUUAGUGCAUACAGUGGCGGUCUAUGGGUGGCAGCCUUACAGGCUGCCUCGGCCAUGGCUCGUCUAGUUGAAGAAAAGGAUGCUGCACACUAUUUUUGGUUCAAAUUUCAGAAGGCAAAACGUGCCUACCAGAAAUUGUGGAAUGGUUCUUACUUCAACUACGACAGCAGUGGUGGGAGUUCAAGUUCAUCUAUUCAAGCUGAUCAAUUGGCUGGACAGUGGUAUGCAAGAGCUUGUGGUCUUGUUCCCAUUGUUGAUGAAGACAAGGCGAGGAGUGCACUGGAGAAGGUAUACAAUUACAAUGUCUUAAAGGUGAAGGAUGGGAAGCGGGGUGCAGUAAAUGGGAUGCUUCCAGAUGGAACAGUGGACCUCUCAUCGAUGCAGUCGAGAGAAGUAUGGUCAGGAGUAACAUAUGCUGUUGCUGCUUCAAUGAUCCACGAAAAUAUGAUUGACUCGGCAUUUUCGACUGCGGCAGGAAUUCAUGAAGCCGCAUGGUCUGAAGAUGGCCUUGGAUACAACUUUCAAACACCGGAGGCUUGGACAACGACAGAUCAGUACAGAUCAUUGUGUUACAUGCGGCCUCUCGCAAUCUGGGCGAUGCAAUGGGCACUUUCCAAAAAAGUACCCAUCAAGGAAGGGUUGAAAGAAGUUGAUAAUGAUGCCAUAUUAAGACACCACGCUAAGUUUUCGAAAGUUGCCCGCCUUCUAAAGUUGCCUGAAGAUAACAUAUCUUCAAGUGUUCUACAAACUGUCUAUGAUUACACUCUCAAAAGGUUUUUCUAAGACUCUUACAGUCCUCUCCAUCUAUUGAUUUGAUAAUAUUGACAAAUAAGCUAUAUUGUUACUAUUUGAACCUUCUUCAUUGUGCUGUGAGUUUAAGAGGAAAUGAAUCUAAACCUCUCUAAAAGAGGUUUUAUUUUCCCAUCUUGAACUUUUGGUUAUAGAAUAAGGGGUUCAUAUGUUCAGUUUCAAGCUUGCUUGUCUUCUUUUUGGACGUGUAAUGUAGUAAGAAGACAGCAAAGUUCUGGAUGCGUGAAUAUGCAUGCUUUUUGCUGAAAUGCUGUUGUGGAACAUUCUUUUCUUUUUGGUUCAAUAAUUUUAUAUAGUUCAAUGA